CCUGACAGCCGGUACGGUGCUUGCGGUGCACCUAGCCAGAAUUCCGUCCUGGUCGUGGCUCUUCCUCCCAGCCUUUAUGCCGAUGGUGCCAAUUGCUGGAGACACAUUGGUGUCAUCAACAACGGCCUCUGGGUGGAUGCCGUCGUGGUUGACCUAUGCCCCGACUGCGGGGACAGCCACAUUGACCUCUCCAGUGGUGCAUUUACCCAGCUUGGCACACUUGAUAUGGGGGUUAUCGAAGUUACUUGGUCCUAUGAGUAG